AUGCACGGGUUCAAAGGUUCAUCGGCAUCCAAGGGUGUUACCGACCUUGAUGAUGUCGAAAAGAAUGGCCAUGCAUCUUCCGAUGACAACCAUAUUCCUGAGCCACAGCUCAAUGUUGGUGGUCAUGGAGGCACGCAACGUCGCCUCAAGGACUAUCAAGUGACCAUGAUUGGCUUUUGCAGUGGUAUCGGAACUGGCUUAUUCAUUGGUACCGGGUCUGCAUAUGCGACGGCUGGACCUGCUGGUCUACUUCUUGCAUACAUUGUCGUGGGCGCAGUCUUGUGGGCCGUGAUGCAAAGCAUUGCAGAGCUAGCAACCUUGAUUCCUACUGCGGGUUCUUUUCCUCACUGGGCCACCCGCUUCAUUGACCCUGCUGUCGGCUUCUCUCUCGCCAUCUCUUACGGCUACUGCUACACUAUCGCCAUUGCAUCCGAGUGCUCGGCAGCUGCAAUUCUGGUCUCAUACUGGACAGACAUUUCGACUGCUAUUGUCAUCACGAUAUCUCUGGUGCUUAUCCUGAUAGCAAAUCUCCUCAGCGUACGGUUCUUUGGUGAGACCGAGGUUGUCACGGGCGCCAUCAAAGUUGCUUGCUUCGUGGGUCUCGUCAUUGCCUCCAUUGUUAUUACUGCUGGUGGAGGACCAAACCAUGAAGCCAUUGGUUUCCGCUAUUGGCACGACCCUGGAGCUUGGUACAACUACAAUGGCAUCACUGGUUCAACUGGCCAUUUCCUUGGCUUUCUGUCAGCUUUUGUCAAUGCCAGUUUCUCGUUCAUCGGAGUCGAGACUGUCGUUAUUACUGCCGCAGAAUCAAUCAACCCUCAUCGCGCGAUUCCAAAAGCUGCCGACCGUGUCACAUAUCGAAUCGGCUUCUUUUACAUUCUUGGCGCUCUCCUGAUCAGCUUGGUAGUUGAUCCCCGCAAUGAGGACCUGGUUUCGGGAACUGGAAACGCAAACAGCUCGCCCUGGGUGAUUGCAAUAAAGGAAGCUGGCAUCAGCGUUUUGCCAUCCAUUGUCAAUGCGUGCAUUCUCAUCUCGGCGUGGUCAGCCGGAAGCUCAUACUGCUGGGUUGGCUCGCGCAUGAUUGUGGCAAUGACCACGGAUCAUCAGCUUCCGCAAAUCUUUGGUCGGACCACAAAGAAUGGUGUGCCAUGGGUUGCCGUGAUUGUCGCAUGGCUAUUUGGACCAUUGGCGUAUCUGAGUUUGGGCGAGGGCGGUCCAUCGCAAGCCUUCACGUGGCUACUCAACCUAAGCACUGUGGCUGGUCUUAUUGCUUGGGCAACGCUUUGCGCCUGCUAUAUUCGAUUCCACCGAGCUCUCAAGGUGCAAGGUAUCAGUCGCAAGACUUUUCCAUGGAAGUCGCCAUUUCAACCAUUUACGGCAUGGUUUGGCUUCAUUGGUUCCGCCGUGAUCACUCUUGUCGCUGGCUUUCCAGUCUUCCUUGCUGGCAAUUGGAACACGGCCGACUUCAUUGCGUCAUACGUGGGCAUUCCAAUCUUUAUUGUUCCAAUCAUUCUGUGGAAGGUCUUUAAGAAAUCCAAGUUUGUGCGAGCGAAAGAUAUGGAUCUGUGGUCUGGCCGCUUGGCAACCAGUGUGCAAGCAGUUCAGCGUUAA